CACAUGGUCUUUGUUGGACCACCGGGGACAGGGAAGACGACAGUAGCGAGACGGAUGGGGAGGCUGUUCAAGAAGCUGCACGUGCUCCCCUCUGAUGAUGUCAUCGUCGUCAGCGGCACAUCUCUGCAAGGGACGUAUGUGGGAGAGACCAAGACGAUCGUGAGAAAGGCGAUGAGCCGGGCCAAAGGAGGAAUCUUGUUCGUGGAUGAGGCGUACAGCCUCUGCAACUCGAAGCACAGCAACGAGACUUACACGUCAUCGUACGCGAUGGAGGCUGUAGAGACGAUGAUAUCGUUGAUGACCGAAGAGGAGUUCAAGGGAAAUCUGCUGGUGAUCCUUGCAGGUUAUGAAGAAGAGAUGGAUAAGCUGUUCAAGAGUGUGAACCCUGGUUUCCGAAGUCGCUUU